ACUGGAGGGAUUCCUGGAGAAGCUGCAGUGUGGGGAUGCUCUGACCGAGUUCAGCCCCCAGUGUCUUUCCUCCUCCUUCUCCUGCAGCGACCGCAUCCGCAGUUAGCAGUCGGCAACUUGAGGCUGUACCCGGGGCAAGCCCCCAGGGUCCUGCUCAUCCGACAGGGGGCUCAGCGCCCCAAGGGGUGUGUGCAGGGUGGGGGCAGCCAGCUGGGACCAGCUGGUGGCCCUAGAAAACCUCCCCCACACCCACACCCACACACCCCUUUUGUGUUGCAGGCUGCCCCUCUGAGAGCGGAGGCAGCGAGAGUACUCGUGUGCCUCGCACCGGUCCGCGGUGAGAGCAGUGAGGACCAAGACCCGCACCACCUCCCGGUCCUCGCUCCAGGAAAACAGAGCCAGAGAGCGCUUGAACGGCCAACACCUGCAGUCAGAUCAGAAGACCGUGCCCUUGCCAUCCUGUAAGCUCCACUGGACCAUCUCAUUAAGAUUGAAGAAAAGAGAUUCUGAAAGAAACAAAUACCCUGAAAUAUUCCAGAACACCCCAGCAGAACAUUCCUCCUGAACCAAAAAUGGUGAGUGAGAGCCAUCAUGAGCGCCUGGCCGCCCCGCCAGUCACCACUGCUGCGCCUGUUGUCCCACACAACGCCACCGAGCCAGCCAGUCCUGGGGAAGGAAAGGAAGAUGCCUUUUCGAAGCUGAAGGAGAAGUUUAUGAACGAGCUGCAUAAAAUUCCACUGCCACCGUGGGCCUUAAUUGCCAUAGCCAUAGUUGCGGUCCUUUUAGUCGUGACCUGCUGCUUUUGUGUCUGUAAGAAAUGUCUGUUCAAAAAGAAAAACAAGAAGAAGGGAAAGGAGAAGGGAGGAAAGAAUGCCAUUAACAUGAAAGACGUGAAAGACUUAGGGAAGACCAUGAAAGAUCAGGCCCUUAAGGAUGAUGAUGCUGAAACUGGAUUGACUGAUGGAGAAGAGAAGGAAGAACCCAAGGAAGAAGAAAAACUGGGAAAGCUCCAAUAUUCGCUGGACUAUGAUUUCCAGAAUAACCAGCUGUUGGUCGGCAUCAUCCAAGCUGCUGAACUUCCUGCCUUGGACAUGGGGGGAACAUCUGAUCCGUACGUCAAGGUCUUCCUGCUGCCUGACAAAAAGAAGAAAUUUGAGACAAAAGUUCACCGAAAAACCCUCAACCCUGUCUUCAAUGAACAAUUUACUUUCAAGGUGCCAUACUCGGAAUUAGGUGGCAAAACUCUGGUGAUGGCUGUGUACGAUUUUGAUCGCUUCUCCAAGCAUGACAUCAUUGGAGAGUUCAAAGUUCCUAUGAACACUGUGGAUUUUGGCCACGUAACCGAAGAAUGGCGUGAUCUCCAGAGCGCAGAGAAGGAAGAGCAAGAAAAACUGGGGGACAUCUGCUUCUCCCUCCGCUACGUCCCUACUGCUGGCAAGCUGACGGUCGUCAUCCUGGAAGCCAAGAACUUGAAGAAGAUGGAUGUAGGUGGCUUAUCCGACCCUUAUGUCAAGAUUCAUCUGAUGCAGAACGGCAAGAGGCUGAAGAAGAAGAAGACAACCAUUAAGAAGAACACCCUUAACCCCUACUACAAUGAGUCCUUCAGCUUUGAAGUUCCUUUCGAGCAAAUCCAGAAAGUGCAAGUGGUGGUGACGGUUUUGGACUACGACAAGAUCGGCAAGAACGACGCCAUCGGCAAAGUCUUUGUGGGCUACAACAGCACCGGCGCGGAGCUGCGACACUGGUCAGACAUGCUGGCCAACCCCCGGCGACCCAUCGCCCAGUGGCACACUCUGCAGGUUGAGGAGGAGGUUGAUGCCAUGCUGGCCGUCAAGAAGUAAGAGGGAGAAGAAGCCUUUCUGCGUCUGCCCACCUAGUGCUCUUUAGCCGGUAUCUGUAAAUACCUCAGUAAUAUGGGUCCUUUCACUUUCCAGCCACGCAUUGCUAACACGAGUCAGUGGUACUUCAGACCCUGUUUUGAUUUGCACAAAUUUCAGUGUAGAGAGCCCCCCGUGCCCUUCAUCCAUCCACUGCCCUCCAAAUCUACUCUUCUUUUAAGCAAUAUGAUGUGUAGAUAGAGCAUGACUGAAAUUAUGUAUUGUAUCACACCGUUGUAUAUACCAGUAUGCUAAAGAUUUAUUUCCGGUUGGUGUAUUUGUAUGUUGUAAGCGUUUCCUAACCUGUGUAUAUCUAGAUGUUUUUAAUAAGAUGUUCUAUUUUAAACUAUGUAAAUUGACUGAGAUAUAGGAGAGCUGAUAAUAUAUUAUAUGGUAAAUAUAGUAUCGUCUGCAUUCCAGCAAAAAAAAAAAAAUACCGACUUGAAAGGCACUAGUACCGUGAAACUGACGUCUUAAAGGACAACUUAAACCUGAGCUUUCUAUUGACAUUUGAGUACCAAGAUUCGCCCGCACGACAUCUUCGGUGGGUGAACCCCAUUCUGUAGAAUUCUUUCACAGGCAAAUGGCAUGACCUGAGCAGCAUCCAGGCUGACCUCAAGGAAGCGAAGCCACGACCCAGAAUAGCAUCUGUCUGUAUGUCUCUGCAAAGCUAAAACCAUGACUUCACUCUUACGUUCAGGGAAGCGAGUUCAGUGAGUUCCUAUGACAGCAUCAAAGAGCAACACCGGGCUGGUGUUCUCUGCGUGUGUGCGUGCGUGCGUGCGUGCGUGUGUGUGUGAGUGCAAGGAUGGAAGUAUGCUCGUGUGUUACGUGUAGUGCAUGCCUUUGUUUGGGGUUAGGGUGGGUGAGGAGAAGCGGAGAGAAGUCAGCGUUUCUGAAAUAUUGCCUGACUCUUUAAACAGAAAAUAGUAGCUCUCCAUUGUCACAUCUCUAUAAGACGUGCAACCUGUGAAUUCUAAUCCAGAUUUCACACCAAUAAUGAUUCCAAAAGGUAUGCGCGUGAGACUUUAUAAUGAAAUAUUUUAUUAUACAAAACCAGAUUAGAAGGAAUGCAGAAUAUUUUUAACACAGCAAUCUGUGCUUACUCCACAGAAUUACUUUGUGGUAAACAGACAGUAUUGUAAAUCCCAUCAAAAGAUGAAAAAUAACAAUUAGCCAUAGUUCUGAAUGCACUUCGAUUAAGCCAAAACAGACAGCUAGUGAUCUUUUUAUAUGCUCUUUUUACUUAAGUUUUAAUUUGUCCUUUAAACAAAGGCGAAACAAAAAAAACCAAGAACAAGUUCCAGUAAAACUGAAGCAACCUCUUAUGUACACUAGAUGCUUGACUUAGGAGGAGUUUUUAACUGUUUUCAAUGUUAUCCUGUAGUAAAUGGCACUACUCUGAAGCCACUAGUCAUUCCAUAAGAGUCUUAAGGAUUGCUCUGUGUAACACUGUGACUGCCCUGUGUGCUUAGACACGUAGUUUCCUCAGUGGAUAGCACUCAACUUAUUCCGUAGUGAUAAUCGUAACAAUACUGCCAUUCCCUCUUACCGCACUGCCCAAUGUGUGUGUAGCACAAACAGUUCUUAUUACUAAGGACCAAUUCAGAACUGGACAGCUAUGCAUAGGACAGAAAGAUACAUAGAGCGGGGGUGGGGGAGAACACACAGCAUCUUGUUGACACUGUGCCCUAGUCUAUAUUUGUCCCCGCUGAGGUAGACAGCCACUUCAGGAAGGUGAGCCUGCUACCUAACGCAGCUUCUAGUGUCCUCUCCCACUGGCUGCUGGGCCCUGUCUUCACCUCCAGGCCACAGAGAGUAGCAAAGCUCCAAAGUGAGAGACAGUCUUCACAGGUACCAAAAUAAAAUGGAGGGAUGGUAGGCAUGGCCUAGUACUUGAUCUUUAGGAUCGAGCUCCGUGUUUAGGACAAAACUCGAGAGAAUCCCAUAAAAGGGCUGUUAGUGGGUUUUAAACAUGGGGUUGGCUGUUCCUCCCCUCCCCCACCAUACACACACCACAAAAAUCAAAUCCCAAUGGUAAUUCUUUCCUCAUCAGAGAAACGGUAAACCCUUUGCCUUUCAUCCCCAUCACAGCAAACUCUUUAGAAAUAAGACAGACACGAAGGACGAGGAGGAAAGCCUUUCCAGCGGAUGAAUGGCACUUUUUAAAAGCUAAACACGUGGAUGAUAGGAAAUGCACACUUACAGGUGGGCUUAAACAGCAGUUUAAAGAGGAGACGCAAAUGAGAUGCUUUCCUAUUUAAGGGACCAAGCCCUACCAAAGAGGCGGCGUUGGCUUUGAAAAACACGGCAAACACCAGACCCUGACAUUUGAUUUCACCAUCUCCUUGUACACAGUGAAGCAACAUGCCCAAAGACGCGGCUCCCAGCUGCUGAACGGACAUUAUUUCCCACAUCCCGAAACCGCUAGCAUCGUCCUCAUUAUUUCCCACAUCCCGAAACCGCUAGCAUCCCACAUCCUCUUACAACACUGCCAACGUGGGGUUGCCACCAUAGACUUAGUUGGUACUAUAUCAUCUCUCAUGAGCCGGUGACCGGACCUGCUUUAUGACCAAGCGUCAUCCUCGGAUAAGCCACAUGUACCUUUCUGGCAAGGCUGUGUAAAGUCUUAGAUGCUGAUAACCCUAGAAAGAUCCUAGUUGCCUUUGUGUACAUUUACUGCCUGCUUGAGUGUUUCUCUGUGUGGGUUUCCCUGUGUCUCGUAGAAAUGUUGGGGUGUUUUUCUUCUUCUGCCAUAAGGCUCGUGGCCCGCGAGCCAACCCCUUUAGCUGUAUUUUUCCCUUCAUUUUUUGAUAAGUGGUUUAAAUUUUGUUUCACUUUGUGUAGUGAACCCCCUGGUAGUUUUCUGAUUGUUGUUAAAAAAAAAAAAUGACUUAACCUAUUACAUGGAUACUCAAUAAAAAUGUUUUAUUUCCUGUU